UUUUCAAGGCGUCGCCUAGGCGUCGCCUAGGCGACGCCUAGGCGUCAGAGCGCUCGCGAACGUCAAGGCGUCGCCGUCGCUUUAGUUUUUUGUCUAAGGCGUCCGCCUUGUGCUGUUGAGGCGUCCAAGGCGUCGCCUAGGCGUCCAAGGCGCCGCUUUGCUUGAUUUUGGACGCCCUGGACAUGCGCGGGCAGGUUGAGCGGGAACCAGCAGCUGGCGCGCGCCAGAAAGAGGAAUUGGCGGGAGGGAAGAGAAAUUGGGCGGGAGAGAGGGGGUAAACAGAGGCAGGAGAGAGAGGGGAACACACCUGUGACUCCAAAUCGAGGGGAAAAGAGAGAGGAGCUCUCUCCUCUCAGUCUCUCACGCCGCCGGCCCAGAUCCGUUCCUCCUCCGCCGGCCUCCCCCUGUCCGGCCAAGCUCCUCCUCCGCAGGCCCUUCCCCUCUCCGGCCAAGAUCCAUCUCCGCCGGCCAUCCCCCUCUCCGGCCAAGCUCCUCGGCCGCCGGCAGCCCUCUCCCAAGUCCCACAAUGGCAGAUUCAGGAGCUGAUGGGGGUGGUGAUGCUUAUGAUCCAAUGAAAGAUCCAGAACGCAGGCCACGGAGGUCAAAUGAUCCAGGCUGGAAUUAUGGGUAUUGGUUGACACCUGGCAACAGCAAUAAUGUUGUGUGCAAUCUUUGUGGCAAGAUAACUAAAGGAGGGAUCAAGAGACACAAAGAGCAUCUUGCUGGCACCGGUGGGGAUGCAACGGGUUGUCCAAAGGCUACCACACAGCUUAGGAGGGAGAUGUUAGAAUAUUUGGAAAAGAACAGGAGAAACAUAGGACAGCCAGAUGAUGAUGAUGAUGUAGUGGAGGUAGAUGUAGCAGGGACAGUUCAAAGCUCCACUAAUGAAGCAACAGCUCAAUGCUUCGCUACAAGACCAAGUUCAGGGACAGCAGCCAAGAAGAACAAGAAAGCCUUUGCAGUAAAAAUAUCAGGCAAAAAGUGUCAAUAUGUUGCUCUCAAGUCAAUUGUUUCCAUGCUUAGGAAGAAACCUGAGGAUGUUGUCGAUGAAAUACGCUCCGGUUGCUCUCAAAGCACCAUGGAGUCCAGCACAAAAACACCGGAAGAGAGGCACUAUGUGAGUAUGCAGUGGGCAUUGUUUUUCUAUGAGUGUGGCAUUCCUUUCAAUGUUGCAAGCUGUAGGCAAUUCCAGAUUGCAAUAGAAGCCUCUUGUCAAUAUGGCCCAGGUUACAAGCCUCCUUCUCCUCAUGAGCUGCGAGAGCCAUUGCUUAGGGAUUGUGUCAAGGAAACAAAAAAGUUGAGGGUGAAGCACGAGGUAGCAUGGAAGCAAUAUGGCUGCACACUAAUGUCAGAUGGCUGGUCCGAUAAAAGGGGACGCCACUUGAUCAACUUCCUUGUAAACAGCCCGGCGGGCACUUACUUCUUGGAGUCGGUUGAUGCAUCAAGUGAAUGCCAAGAUGCUCGGAUGAUAGCAGAUUUGCUAGAGAAGAGAAUCGAGGAUGUCGGUAAAGAGUAUGUUGUCCAAGUUGUCACCGACAAUGGUGCUAACUACAAGGCAGCGGGUAAGAUACUAAUGGAAAGGAUUCCUACACUAUAUUGGAGUCCAUGUGCAUGCCAUUGCUUGGACCUGAUGUUGGAAGAUAUAGGGAAGCUAAAGCCAUUUAAGAGGCCUAUUGCACGGGGUAGACGAGUCACCACUUUCAUCUAUAGGCAUGGCAGAAUUCUUAGUCUAAUGAGGAAGGCAACGGGUGGGCUGGAUCUUGUGAGACCCGCAGCCACUCGCUUUGCCACAUCCAUUCUUGCUCUUAAGAGUUUGGUCAAGCACAAGCAAGCAUUGAGGAGUCUAUUUACAUGUCAAGCAUGGGUUGGAAACAAAUUGGCCAAAACUGCAGCCGGUUUGAAUGUGCAAGACAUUGUGCUUUCAGCAGAUUGGUGGCAUGCAAUUGAGGACUGCCUUAGAGCUUCAGGUCCACUACUUCGAGUGCUUAGGGUAGCGGAUGGUGAUGAGAUUCCUGCCAUGCCAGAAAUGACAGCACUAAUGAGGUUUGCAAAGGAGAAGAUCAAUCAAGGUUUCCCCCACCAAAACAAGCAAGCUUUGCUCAAGAAGAUCAUUGACAUUGUUGACAAACGUUGGGAGAAUCAAAUGGAUCAUCCAUUAUAUGGGGCUGCUUUGUUUUUGAACCCUGGAAAAUACUUCUCUAUUGCUGAGAGUGGUGAUGAUGCCCUAAUUGGGGAGCUAAGAAGUUGUUUUAAUGAUGUCCUUGCACGAACAGUACUUGAUGUCAAUACUCGCAACAAGAUUGAUGCACAAGCCGUUCUCUAUGAGGACAAGAGAGGACCCUUUGCUAAUCCGAUGGCAAUCGAUAACAUGGUCCAGAAAAACCCUCUUGAUUGGUGGCGUUCAUAUGGUGGUCGGGCAGUUGAGCUACAAAGGUUUGCAAAGCGUACUGUUAGUCUUUGUGCUUCAUCAUCCGGCUGUGAGAGGAAUUGGAGCGCAUUUGAACAUAUCCAUACCAAGAAAAGGAACCGGUUACAACACCGACUCUUGAAUGACAAUGUUUUUGUUUCAUACAACCGGAAGAACUUGGAUAGGUUUCAAAAGAGGCGUGAGAAGAUGGGUGGCAAUAGCUAUGACCCUCUAGUCAUUGAGGAUUUUGAUUGGGGCAAUGAGUGGGUUGACCCAACAAUACCUCCACCCCAAGGUGCUCGAGGGUGUCCCGAUGACAUUUCAUGGGAGCUUGUUGAUGAGGCUGUUGGUGCAAGUUCGUCGCUGCAAGGUCGCAACUUUCCUAGAGCUAGCACCAUGGCAAGGGGGGCCUCAAAUGUUAAUGUCCAGUACCAAAGGCAGCGCAAAAGGGCUGCUCCGUCACCAACAUUUCUUCAUGAAGAUGACGAAGAGGAUGACCAAGAACAACAACCAAGUAUCCCCAAUGGAGAGGAUGAUGAUUCAGACUUUCUUCAAGAUGAUGUUGAUGUGACCGAUGAUGAUGAAGAUCCAACUAGUGCUGACCAAGAUGGCGAAGACAACACAAAUACUACCAUCGAUGAGUUCGAUGAUGGCUAUUGAGAAUUGAGUGUGGCCAGCCUUGCUUAUGAUCAUGUGUUUGCCUGUUUGGAACCUAAAUUUAUGUUGUGAACUUGUGAACCUAAAUUAUUGUGUUGUGGACUUAGUUUAUGUAAUAUGUAAUGCACUCAUGUUUGUCA